AUGCAGAUAUUUUCAUGGCCAGCGCCUCCAAUCAUAGGCAUGGGCAUACCUCCGGAAAUACCUUGUGAAUACACAAGCUUUGGAAUAGAGUACAGUGUAGUUGGAGGAUCGCCUGUUUCGACUUCAUUUGAGCGUUCAAAAUUUGACAUGGAUAAACUUAGGAUGCUAGUUGAUCUAUCAUUCUCCACCUUUGCUGAGCUAAUAGCAUGCCCAUUCGAUGCAAAUGAGCUUGUUGAUAACAUAAAAUCGAUUCAUAUUGAGAUCAACCAGAUACUGAAUGGAUCUAAAAAAACAGAAGCGAUUGGCGAAAUGCUGAGGAUCCGGAAUCAACAUGUAAAGAACAGAAACAUGCUUGCUGAGGAUGUUAAGAGGCAAAUAUCCAAUUUUGAGAUAUGA